UGAGGGGUUGCCAUGCACCUCUGAGUAUAUAAGAGACCAGAGCUCAUUCAGAAAGUAGGAGAGAACAAGAGAGAGAGAGAGAGAGAGAGAGAGAGAGAGAGAUAUCCAUUCACAAGACGCCAGGAAAAAAAAGUGAUAACCGAGAGCAGUGGAGGUGAGCUCGAUACAGGCUGGAGACCCAAAGAAGAGAAGAUUCAGAACUUCAACUCAUCUACAAAUUUAGAAAGAUGCUCUGUCCUUCCUGGGUUUUGGCUGCAGCAGUCUUGUGUUUCCACAGCCCAUAUGUAGACGGCCGCUGCUUGGAUUUGAUAGACUGCAUGGGCCUUAAAUCUAAUGAGCAAAAAUUGCUGUGUAUCAGGCAGUGCAGAUCUGCACAAGAAUCCUCCAAUUACGGAAGAGUGUCUUCAUCUGAGCAACUGAACAGUGAAGAAGAGGUUGAGGAAGAGAGUCUCAGUUUGGCCCUGCUCUUAUCAGCUCUGUCUCCCGACUUGAUCGAGCUUCAAGACCCCACUGGAGAAACCCCUCACAAUGACGAGAGGAGGUCUUACUCAAUGGAGCACUUCCGCUGGGGCAAACCCAUGGGCCGCAAGCGUCGACCCGUCAAAGUCUUCACUGAUGGCGCUCUGGAGGAGGAGCCGGUGGAACCAGAGGAGCCGGUGGAAAGCAUCCGGGUGGAGCGAGGGCAGGGAGACAAGCUCAAUAUUCAAAACAGGAACAAUGUAAAGAACAACGGGAAGUAUCGCAUGACCCAUUUCCGCUGGAACACACCACCUGACAAACGCUACGGAGGUUUCAUGAGGCCCUUUUCAGAUCAAUCUAACAAGCCACUGCUCACAUUCAUACGAAACGUCAUUGUUAAAGAUGGACAGCUGUUCAAAGAUUAA